UGUGACCCAAGAUAUGGUAAAUACAUGGCUUGCUGCCUGUUGUACCGUGGUAAUGUGGUUCCCAAAGAUGUCAGUGCUGCCAUUGCCACCAUCAAGACGAAGCGUACCAUCCAGUUUGUGGACUGGUGCCCCACUGGCUUCAAAGUUGGCAUUAAUUACCAGCUUUCCACUGUGGUACCUGGUGGAGACCUGGCCAAAGUACAGUGAGCUGUGUGCAUGCUGAGCAACAUCACAGCCAUCGCUGAGGCCUGGGCUUGCCUGGACCACAAGUUUGACCUGCUGUAUGCCAAGCAUGCUUUUCUUCACUGGUGUGGUGAGGGCAUGGAGGAAGGAGAGUUUUCUGAGGCCCGUGAGGACAUGGCUGCCCUUGAGAAGGAUGAGGAGAAGGUUGGUGUGGAUUCUAUUGAAGGAGAGGGAGAGGAAGAGGGAGAGGAAUACUAAAGUUAAAAUGUCACAAAGGUGCUGCUUUUACA